AUGAGGCCGUUGAUCGCGUUCAUGACGAAAGGCGGACAAGCUCAAAUACAAGAGCCAUUGACCCUACGAAGGCUGGGCCUGACCUGCAAACGAUAUCAUCAAGUCACAAAACCACGCAUCCAACAAUAUCUACACCUCUCUGUUGACUCUCCUGGCCAUGUAGACAAGUUGAUACGUGUCAUUGAGCCACAUCUCAGCAUUGCUCAGAAAAGGCAACUGUUGAGAGAAGGCCAACACAAGGGCCAACAGAACAGGUUCCCGCGAGGCGUCGAUGAGGAUGAGAUACCAGCAUGUGCAUCUCGUGUUCGCCAGUUGACUUUUGGCAUUCUCCCCCCAAAACGGUCACAUAUGUAUCUUGCCAAUAGAUACCUCGAUGAGGCCUUUAAGAACAUGCAGAAUGCCGAAAUCGUGGAUGUGGUUGACUAUAGUCUUGGCGCGGCCCUUGCACAUGACAGCGUGGUUUUGUCUAUACUCUUCAGCUCGGCAUUGACACUUCGCAGUCUUUAUUUAGAGACGAGUUCAUUGCAACUGGGAAAUUUUCUUCUCGGAUGGGAAGAGAUGGCCUCUGAAGCUGACUGGAUCGACCAAGACCAUGUCUACCUCAGCGCCCUGAAGUCACUCUCUCUCACAGGUCUCCGUUUCAAUCAGAGUCUGAUCGAUUCGCUAGAAAACAUCGUUGACUUUAUGAGCUUAGACGACCUGACGAUUGGAAUAGUAGCAACUGGUGCCCUUCGCCUCUUUCUACUUCUCAGGCGGUUGGCUGCUGAGGCGGAUGCAACAAGCCUACGCAAGCUGUCCUUGGUCAUGUCAAGCGAAAGUGCAUUGCAGCAUCUCGGAGACUUGGGUGCUGAUAUGGAAUUCGAGGCCAAGGUCCGGUUUGUUGCGUCAUUUGACUCUUUGACUUGCCUGGAGCUCAAGGAAGAAAACCCAUACCCGGUUACCAUUGAUGAUGGUCCUCUUCUAUUUGACGCUCUGUGGCGAGCCAUUAUUACUCAUGGUAACUUGGAAAGCUUGAGCAUAAACUCCAUGGAAGACAUUGGUACAAAUGCCAUUCCACGGUUAUCAGCGGUGACUGUGAGAACCUUGAUCAACAACGUACCCAAAUUGAGGAAUUUUGAGUUUGCACCGGCUGAAGGGGAAAUGGAAGAAAUCGGACAGGCACUCAGCCGUGGCAACUCACUCGUGUCCAUCCUCCUCUGCCCUCAGCCGAACCAGCCUCAUGCGUUUACAGGAGGUCCCGAUUCUGGACUGAUUAUUAUUACCAAAAUCCUGAAAGGCUUCCUAUCUCGGGAACUUGACAAUGUCGAGGGAAAGUUUGUUUGGGAAGAUCAUUAUAAACUCAGGCGCAUAUCUCUCAAGCACCGAUUAUGGGAUGUAGCCUCAAGGUUUGGCGAGCCCAGAAAAGGUAGGAAGAAAGCAAAGAUACUGACACACGGGGGAGAUGAAAAGCGCCAAGUCAUGUAUCAGGAGGUUCCGAGUUUCUGGGAAGAGACAACUGCUACGAAUGGUCCAAAGAGUGAAUGGCUUCGAAUGGUAACCAAGGAUCUUAAUUAG